UAACCAACGAGGAGCCGUAACUAGUAUAAAACCGGACCAAAUAAUAAACACCGCACACUGCAACUGUACGUUUAGUAACGUGAUACUAGUGAGAAAUUUUGUGAACAAUGUUUUCGUUUAUCGCGUUUUCGUGUCUCGUCGUUGUGGCUACAGCAGCUCCUUAUCACGGCGACGUCGGAUAUUCCACCUACGAUGCCGUACCUCGCUACCAUUUCAACUACGCCGUCAACGACCCAGUGACGGGUGACAACAAGCACCAGUCGGAAACCCGCGACGGAGGCUACGUCAGGGGUUCGUACUCUCUAGCUGAGCCCGACGGCACCGUGAGAGUAGUCGACUACACCGCCGAUCCCGUAUCGGGCUUCAACGCGAUCGUCAGACGGAUCGGCCAAGCGGUUCACCCACAGGUCGCCCGACCAGUCGUCCAACCCGUUGUGACUCAGUACGCGCCUAUUUCACACGCGCCUAUUUCACACGCACCCAUUUCGCACGCGCCCAUUUCACACGCGACAUCUUUCGCGACCAGCAACAGCGGAUACGACAACUACAAUAACGUCGGAUACGACCAAUACAACUGGGCUAGCGGUUUGUCUCACGAUGGACUCGGUUACAACGGACAUAUUGACGGCUCAUGGAAUCUAGGAGGCCACGGGCACGGAUACUACGGACGCUAAACGCAAGACAGCAGGGCAUGUACAAUAUAGUCAAUAAUAAACUAUUGCUUUUCCGAAAGUCGAACGUUAAGGUAAUUUGUGUGAAAACAAUAGUUUAGUUAAGGUAGGCAUUAUGUAAUUAUGACCCUAAAUUAAUUAAAAUAUAUGUACAUAUUGCGUGAAA